UUAAAAUUUGUUUAAAAUUGUUGUUUUUGUUCUCUUCGAUAAAGAAAUGGCAUAUUAUUGUACUUUUUUAAAAACAAACCGAUUUAAUAGGAAUGUUAUUAAUCAACAUAAAACCUGCUCGAUUUGAUUUUACGGUAUGCAACGUAUGCAACUAUUUAUACAUACAACUGCGCGCGGUUGUAGUCUUGUCGCAUGGUCUUUUUGACGUUUACUGUUUGAGAGAAGAGAAUAGGUUAUUAUUAGUAGAUAAAAUGAAUAUGAAAAACACGAUAAGCAAUUUUCGCCAGUUUGCCCGUGAACGACGCAAAAUAAGGUUAAUGAAAACAAAAAUGGCCAGUUUCAUCGUAAAAUAUCAGAAAGGAGAGUCACCUCAACUAGAAAAUGUCACGGUGACAGUAGAACCAAGUGCAAUUUUUUUUCGUAAUUCCAACGACGAAGGUUUUUCGUUUGUUGACGACAGAGAUAUUGAAGCAUUUGAUGACACAGAACCGAUGGAAGUCACCCUAUUUCUGCGACGGCAAGCAGACAUACAGUUAGUAUUCAGAGAGCCAAUCCAACAAGAGGCGUUUAUUACUGCCCUUGUUGCCUUCUUAGGGCACAGCAAUAAUGGAACUCCAGAUUCAGGAAGAUCAACGUUGUCGUAAUAAAUAAAUAUUAGAUUUCAAAAAAAAAUUUGUUGAAUAAAAAAUAGGUACCUUCAACUUUUAACUUUUUUAAAAACAAGGGAAAGUCUGAAAAAUAUUAAUUUUAAAAUAUACUUGAAAACAAGGUAAAAUCUAAUUUUGAGUGUUUUUGAAAGGGAAAUUCGCUUCGCUCAUGAGGAGUUUGUCCGAAUUUUGACUUUUUAAACAAGGGUGACUUCGAAAAACCGGGCAAAUUCUUUAAUAAUUUUAACUUUUUAAAAGUUAUCUUGAAAACCAGGCUGAAAUCAUUAAAAAUGUGUUGUGUUCUGAGGGGGCCAUUUAAAAAAAUGUUAAUUUUAAAAAGUACCUUAAAAAACGGGAGUCUUUUCACGAUUUUUCUGCUUUUCUGUUAACCCUUAAAAAUCGGGGUGUUUUCCUUAAAAAGUAGCUGUGUUCUCAAGGGGCCAUGUUAGUAGUAUAAAUGUAUCUGUAUUUCACAUUAGUAUAUAUAAGGUAUCAUAUAUAAAUAUAUGACACUUUUAUUCUAAAGUAGGACGAAGUUUCACGUCAAGUUUACAAAAUUUAUAAAUUUUGACCAAAACUGCAGAAAUCAGCAACUUGUACAUAUAAAUUUUAUCGUUAAAAUGUCGAUUUGUAAACUCAGUGUUGUCGCAGUUUUAUAGCUGUUUAUUAUUAACAUGAUGUUAAAAUGCAGAAGUAAUGCCUACAAAAAAUUUAGCGUGCAGGUUGGAACCAAAUUAAAUUUAUGACUGAGAAUGCCUAUUCUCCACACGGAAUGAAAUUAUUAGUAACUACCAAAAGUUCACAUCCAAAACCUUACUGGGCGAUCGACAAAGUCAGAUUAUGUCGAAAAAAAGAAUUUAGAUUUUUGGAUUUAGCAGAAAAGGUACCGUGUCAAUUGAUAUCUGACUCUGAACAAAUUGUUAAUUUUAAAAAUGAGUCAGAAGCUAAUCUUAACAGCAACUGUCCGGAAGACGCGAUUGGAGAUUUUUGUAUGCCGUGUAGCUGGAUCUUUGACGAAUGUAAACAAAUUACAGUUUGCAAAGGGCACAAGUGCGUCUGUUCUGCUGGCUAUCACGGCGAAAAAUGUUAUUACAAAUGUGGUGACAAGACUUACGGGCAUGGAUGUCAAAAACAGUGCGGAAAAUGCUAUUACUCUUAUAGAGUGGGCUAUUCCUGUGACCAUGUUAACGGAAAAUGUCCUUCAUCACAUUGUGAAGAGAGCUAUUCUGGUCCAAAAUGUGAUAUACCACCACCAGCAAUAUUCGCGAAGCCUCCCGAAAUAAUUGAAAUCUCGUACACAGAAGCCACUGUCGAAGUUUCAAAUUUUGAAGUUGAAAAUUAUGGACCUCACGUGACACCACAACUUUACACAAUCCAAUACAAAACAGCCGAACCUUCGGAUGCUAAUUGGAGACAAAUGAAUGAUCAGUAUGUUAGAAUCCUUCGGCGCCACUCUGAGAACUUUGUUGUUGACAAUAGUCAAUACAUGUUUCUGCUAGAAGCAGCCCACAACUAUCUGAAGGAGUUUAGUUUAUAUGAAGUGAGAUAAAAUAACAACAUUAUAAUUAUAUAUGUCAAAAAAAUAUAAUUCUAUGAUACUCUAAAAAUAUUAAAUAAUACAAAAAUCCUAUAAA